AUGUCGUUCAGCUGGUCUGGGAUGUUGUUGACGAUAGUGAUUUUGGUUUUGGGACUAAUGGUACAAGGACAGAGCUACGAGGAGGAGCAGAGGGUAAAUUUAUUUCGUUUUAAAAAAUAAAAAAUGAAAAAUUUCAAAAAAUAACUUUAAUGUUGAAAAGUAUGGUUUAAAAAGUUCUUAAGAGUUAAAUAAUUGAAUUUUCAGUUAUUUUUAAAAAAUUAAUAUGUUUGUGACACUUCGUCACAAAAUCCAAUAAACUUGUGACAUUUCGUCACAUAGCAAAAUUUAUGUUGCUGCUGACUUAAAAAAAGCUUAAAAUUUGCAAAAUUUUAUUUUUUGUAAAAACCAAUACUUUUGUGACACUUCGUCACAAAAUGAAAUAAAUUUGUGACAUUUCGUCAACUUUGCUCAAGUUGUUUUAAAGUUACAUAAACCACACCAAAAAUAACUUUUUAUGUUAAAAAAGGUUUUAAUUGAACCUUUAACUAUAGUACAGUAUUCUACAGUACCCUACUAACCCCCCCCCCUUCCUGCUCAUCACUAAUCCUUCGUUUUUUAGUUUAUGGAGAAACGAGUGCCACACCCAAGUUUCCGAUCGAAUGUGCGUAUUCAACACUUCCAGCAAGGUGAAAUGCCUCCAGGCUUUGGCCACAACUUCUCGCCCUUCAUGGGACGUUUCGGCCGCGUCGCUCGGAAUCGGCCAUAUUUUGUUGAUUAUUAA